AUGUCGUCCUGGGACCAGCCUCUCUCCCUCUGGGAGAAGAUGCGGGAGGCUCUGAAUCGCCUCGCAGUUCUCGCGACAGUAUUGAGGACCGCCGUCACAGGCAUCUUCCGGGGCCAGAGUGGUGCCAAACAGUACUCAGUCCAUGUGGCCUGCGCGGCGGUGCGAAGGACGUGUGUCACGUAUACCCCAAGGCAGUUGCAGACCAAGGACCUCCCCACCGACGAAGCAUACCGGCAGUUCAUGGCCGCACAGGGUCUCCCACCGGACACCGUCCCCCUCAAGCACGGUGCCCAAGGCCACUGGAUAGGCGACAAGAACGCCAAAACCGUCGUCGUCUACUACCAUGGCGGCGGCUUCUUCCUAAACGCCUACCCCGAGCACUUCCGCUUCGUCAGACAUGUCGUCAAACGCCUAGACAACAACAUCGCCUUCUUCUUUCUCAGCUACACGCUCACCCCCCACGCCGCUUACCCCGUCCAGCUCCGGCAAUCCGUCGAAGCCCUCCGCUAUAUCCUCACCGAGACGGACCGCUCCCCCGCCAACGUCGUCCUAGGCGGCGACUCCGCAGGCGCAAAUCUCGCCCUUGCGGUCCUCCUCCAUCUCUCCCAUCCCCAUCCCGACAUCGAGCCUCUGCAGCUCUCCCAGCCCCUAGCCGGGGUAUUCGGCCAUGCGCCCUGGCUGAGUUACAGGACGGACGGCCCUUCCAUGCACGAAAACACAUAUAAGGACAUGAUCUGCGUCGAGGCUCUGGAUAAAUGGUCCACAUAUUAUCUUGGGAACAAGGGCGGGGAUGCCUGGAGUGAACCGGCGACAGCUCCCGCGGAGUGGUGGGGGGAUGCCAAGACAGAGCAGGUUCUCAUUGUUGCUGGGGGGAAUGAGGUCUUGCUGUCGACAAUUGGGGAGUUUGUGGAGAAGAACAAGAACGUCCUCCCUAAUCUGGUGUACGUCGUGGGAGCGGGCGAGACGCAUGCGUCGGCGAUCUACGCGGCAGAUCUGGUGGGCCAUGACACUCAGCAGGGUGAGGCGAUUGUCAAUUGGUUGGGUGCGAAACUGUGAUUCAAGUACAGAGUACUGGGAAGGAAUGAUAUGGCUUAUUUGAAGGGAUGG